AACCUAAUUCUCACACAAUUGCACAGAUUAAUAAUGUUAUCUAUGAUGAAUUACAAGCUGUAAAGAAUGCAAUUGAAGAUAAAUGUAUAGUAUCAGGAACAGAAGUAUUUCAAGUUAGGCUUUCAACUUACUUAAAUAAAUUUAAAAGUUUAGUCAAGAGGAAGACCAAGAUAGGAGUUCAAAAAGAAUUUGCAGCAAAACAUAUUGUAGGAGUUGAUUUAAAUACAGAAAACACACUUAACCUUAUUGUGAAGG